AUGGAGUUUGUGAGCAAAGUAGUAAAGGCAAGGGUCAAAACUGAGAUGAUGGAGAGGUUUUCUAAUCUCCCUCUCACCUUUCUCAUCCUCUACAGGUGUUAUGUAGAAGACAGAAGCUCCAAGGUGGCCUGGUUAAACCGUUCUGGCAUCAUUUUUGCUGGAGAGGACAAGUGGUCCCUGGACCCUCGAGUAGAGCUGGAGAAGAGAAACCCCCUGGAAUACAGCCUGCGGAUCCAGAAAGUGGAUGUCUACGAUGAGGGGUCCUAUACAUGUUCAGUGCAGACACAGCAUCACCCCAAGACUUCCCAGGUUUACUUGAUCGUGCAAGUUCCACCAAAGAUCUCCAAUAUCUCCUCGGACAUCACCGUGAAUGAGGGCAGCAACGUGACCCUGGUUUGCAUGGCAAAUGGGCGUCCUGAGCCUGUCAUCACCUGGAGGCACCUUACCCCAACAGGCAGAGAGUUUGAAGGCGAGGAAGAGUACCUGGAGAUCCUAGGGAUCACGCGAGAGCAAUCGGGCAAGUACGAAUGCAAAGCUGCCAACGAGGUUGCUUCAGCAGACGUCAAGCAAGUCCGCGUCACUGUGAACUACCCUCCCACCAUCACAGAGUCCAAGAGCAACGAAGCGGCCACAGGACGACAAGCCUUACUCCGGUGCGAGGCGUCAGCGGUGCCCAUGCCUGAUUUCGAGUGGUACAGAGAUGAUACCAGGAUAAACAGCGCCAACGGCCUGGAGAUAAAGAGCACGGGGACCCAGUCUCUGCUGAUGGUGGCCAACGUCACUGAGGAACACUACGGGAACUACACCUGCGUGGCUGCCAACAAGCUGGGGGUCACAAAUGCCAGCCUAUACCUUUACAAACGAGUUUUACCCACACUCCCCAAUCCUUUUACAG